AUGUCUGAAAGAAAGGGGAUAAACAAGUACUACCCGCCUGAUUAUGACCCAUCGAAGGUCCCAAAGCGUCAAAAGGUCGGGAAUCAGGACUUGAAGAUCAGAAUGAUGGCUCCAUAUUCGAUGAGAUGCUUAAAGUGUAAUGAAUACAUUGCAGAACGAAGAAAGUUUAACGCCAAGAAAGAGAUCACCAAGGAGACAUAUAUGAAUGUAAAGAUCAUCCGAUUUCAUAUUACAUGUCCUAGAUGUAACAAUCUGAUUACAUUUAAAACCAGUCCACAGACUGCAGGGUAUGUACCUGAAAGUGGAGCAGUAAGAAAUUAUGAACCAAUGAAGAAGGUUGCCGAUAUAGUCCCCAAAGAUAGAGCUGAAACGGAGGAUGAGAUCUUGGAAAGAUUGGAGAAGGAGGAAUUAGAAGAUCAAUCGUAUCAAAUGAUUAAGGAGAAGAGGAAACGAAAUCCAUUUUGGCAGAAAGAUGAAGGAUUAAAAGGAGGUGAUGGUGAUAUUAUGGCUAACCUUGAGAAGAAAUUACAACAACAACAGAAAGAACAUGAAAUAAAUGAACAUUUAGAGCAACUUCAAGCUCGUCAGGAACACAUAAGACAACAAGGUGGGGAUGAAAAUGUUGUAUCAACGGCACAAGAAAGAAUUACCAAUGAGAUUGCCCAAUUGGAGAAGUCUAAAAAUGAAAUUUUUGAUAAAGAAGAUUCCGAAUUAGCUAAAAGAGCCUUUGCUAAUUUUAGAAAUGAAAGAGAUUCAAGUCCAAGUACAGUUGAUGCAUCUAAUUUAGAAAAAUCUAGCGAUGAAACUAAUGAUAAAAGUCCAACCAUUGUGGUCGAAGAAGAAGAAGAAGAUGUGGUGUCAGAAUUACCAGAGACGCAAAAAAUUCAAUUUAAACCAAAGAUUAUCAUAAAGAAGAAGAAAUUGGGUUCAUUGACCCCAAGACAGCCCUCAACUGAGCCAACUAAGGAAUCCGAACCGAAUAAUCUUUCAAACAUUAAAGAGAAGAUUGUCACUCCUUCCCAAACAAAUAAUAUUACCGCAUUAAACGGGUACUCAUCUUCUUCAGAUGAAGAAUAA